AUACGAGUGGUGAGAACAUCGCUGAGUCCCUCGUGGCCGAAGGACUGGCCUCCCGCCGGGAAGGGAUCCGAGCCAACAACCCCGAGCAGAGCAGGUUGGCUGAGCUGGAGGAGCAGGCCAAGAGUGCCAAGAAGGGCAUGUGGAGCGAGGGAACGGGCUCCCACACCAUCCGGGAUCUCAAGUACACCAUCGAAAACCCCCGGCACUUCGUGGACUCCAUGCAUCAGAAGCCAGUCAACGCCAUCAUCGAGCACGUGCGGGAUGGCAGCGUGGUGAGAGCCCUUCUCCUCCCCGAUUACUACCUGGUCACCGUCAUGCUCUCGGGGAUCAAGUGCCCCACGUUCAAGCGGGAGGCGGAUGCGCCUGAAGUCCCCGAGCCGUUUGCGGCCGAAGCCAAGUUCUUCACAGAGUCGCGGUUGCUGCAGAGGGACGUGCAGAUCGUCCUGGAGAGCUGCCACAACCAGAACAUCCUGGGCAACAUCCUUCACCCGAACGGGAACAUCACCGAGCUCUUGCUGAAGGAGGGCUUUGCCCGCUGUGUGGACUGGUCCAUUGCUGUCUACACCCGUGGGGCUGACAAGCUGCGCGCGGCCGAGAGGUUCGCCAAAGAGCGCAAGUUGAGGAUCUGGAGGGACUACGUGGCUCCCACAGCAAACCUGGAUCAGAAGGACAAGCAGUUCGUGGCCAAG